AUGUUUGCAUCUCUUAUGCCCGACAGGCUCCGGCGAGGGCGGUCCGAGUAUCUCUCCCUACCGCUCCUGACAGCCGAGGGCGACGUCGAGAGCAGCAGCGAAGCAUAUUCCGAGAAGCGGAGCUCGAGCGUGGAGGAGCGAGACUCAGUCGACGACACUCUCAUCGCCGACAGUCCUACGGAAAGCCGCAUCCUCGACUUUGGCGACGGCGAGAAGGACUUUGCUCGGCAAAAGGCUCUCUGGGGGAUCCACCCAAAAGUAUGGGCGGCUCUGGGCAAGCUUCGAGUCUUGGCCCCAAGCUUUCUAGUCCGCGAGGAAGGCGACAAGCAACCAGCACGGCUGCACCCGAGCGCUUGGCUAGAUGGUCUCCGUGGCACGGCAGCUUUCCUUGUGGUCUGGCAUCACUCAUCGCUGCUGUACUUCAGCUGGAGAGUCCAUGACGGCUACGGGUCCUCGCCGGGCGCCGACUGGACGCAUCUCAUCCAGCUCCCCAUCGUCCGGCUCAUCAUCUCGGGCGCACCCCAAGUCAAAAUCUUCUUCGCCAUUUCGGGCUAUGCCCUCUCGUACAAGCCCCUCAAGCUCGCCCGCGCCGGCCGGUUCAGUGAAUGGGCCUCGGCCCUGAGCUCCUCCGUCUUCCGCCGCCACCCUCGCCUGUUCCUCCCCGCCGUCGUGAUCCUCUUCGUCGGCACCUUUGCCGGCUGGCUCCAGCUGUACGGCGGCACCGGCGCAACGGCAGGCGACCAGUGGAACGCCCACGUCGCCAUCCCCGUCCGCGCGCCGCCCUACAGGGAGGCUUUCGGCGAGCAGUUCGCCGACUGGGGCCGCACCGUCCUGUCCAUCACCAACCCGCUCGCCUCGGACCACCGCCGGGGCGCCACCCCUUACGACUGGAACCUGUGGACCCUGCCCAUGGAGCUCGACUGCUCCCUGGUCGUCUUCCUCUGCCUGGCCGCCUUUGCCCGCCUGAGGUCCAUCCCUCGGCUGUUCCUCACCGCCGCCGUCGCCGCCUACGCCAUAUGGUACACGCACUGGGGCCCGUUCCUGUUCAUCGCCGGCAUGUUCAUCUGCGACCUGCACUUUGAGCUCGAGGACGCCGGAGCCGCCACGGUGCUCCCGUCCGCCGCGCAGCCCGACCGCGCACUCAACCACGACACCGGCCUCUGCGCCCGGUGGAAGAGGUCCCUGGAUCGCCUGCGCGCCCGCGCAGCAGCAGCCCUGCCGCGGACCGUGACGGCGACGAGCGCGCGGGUGUUGGCCUCGCCGGCCUUGACCAGGGCGCUGUGGAUCGGGUCGCUGCUGACGUCGCUGUGGCUGCUGUCGGUGCCCGAGAACAACCGGGGCGGACGGACGAGCCCCUUGUACACGGUGCUGACGUCGCACAUCCCGGCCAACUACGGGCCGGACGACGAGAACCACUGGUGGCUGUCGCUGGGCGCCGUGCUGCUCGUCUUCACCAUCGACCGAGCCGGUCCGUUCCUGCAGCGCGUCUUCACGAGCCGCCCCGCGCAGUACCUCGGCAGGAUAUCGUACGCGCUGUACCUGGUCCACGGCCCGCUCGUCUUCUCGCUCGGCUGGCACCUGGGGAGGUGGUGCACGGCGCUGACCGGCCGGGAGACGACGGCCGGGUGGGGCGCAGGAAUCGCGCUGGCGUAUCUGGGCCUGUGGCCGGUGCUGAUUUGGGUCGCCGACGUUGCGUCGAGGUUGGUUGAUGUCAAAAGCGUCGAGUUUAGCAAGUGGUCAUAUGAUAGAAUGGUGAAGAAGGCCGUCUAA